AUUCACAAAAGGCAUCGUAUAAAUUGCCUUCUUCCUCCAAAUUAGGCUUGCGAGCCAGAAACGAGGAAGUAGCGGCGCAGCAAGUUCAACACCAGCAAGCUCACGAUGGCGAGGAUUAAGGUUCACGAGCUUAGAGAGAAAUCGAAGACCGAUCUUCAGAACCAGUUGAAAGAUUUCAAGAAUGAGCUCGCCCUCCUCCGUGUCGCUAAAGUCACCGGAGGUGCCCCUAACAAGCUCUCCAAAAUCAAGGUUGUGAGGAAAUCCAUUGCUCAGGUGUUGACAGUGAUCUCACAGAAGCAGAAAUUUGCUCUAAGAGAAGCAUACAAGAACAAGAAGUUGUUGCCUCUUGAUCUCCGCCCCAAGAAAACACGUGCUAUCCGCAGACGUCUUACCAAGCAUCAGGCUUCGUUAAAGACAGAGCGUGAGAAGAAGAAGGAGAUGUAUUUCCCAGUGCGAAAGUACGCUAUCAAAGUCUAGUUUCAUUCUCCAGAUUAGCUCCUAGAAAUGAUUCAGCUUUUUGAUUACUCCUUUAUGUAUUCUCUUCCGUUUUGUCCACCUUUUAUUUCUAUUUGUACUCAAGUUUUGUUAUAGAACUGCCAAAUCUCCCUCUCUCGCGAACCUUUUUUUCUUCAUAAAUAUUGAACCAAGUCUCGCUUUUGUGGUUUCUU